GAGUAUGAGAAAGUGAUAGAAAAAACAAAAAGUUUAUUGAAAUUUAAGUGGAGAGAUUGAAAUAGAGAAUAUAAGCAAAUUGAAAUUACAAGUAAAAUACAGUAUAAUUUCCUUACUUUGUUUUUAUUAUUUUGAUGCAUUGGAAUUUAUCAUUUUUUCCACACAUCAUUACCAUCAUAAUUAAUAUCAAAUAUGAUGAUGUAAGCAUAUCAUAUCUCCCAAUUCUCUUUUAAACUUAAAAGAUUACUGCAUUGUUCAAAUCUCUUCACUCAAAGUUUAAAAAAUAAAAUAAAUAGGAAAGAAAAAAAGUGAGGUAAAAAAAAAAGGUGUUAUAUAUAGAAGAUUUGGCCACACAGUACUCUCUCUAAAUAGCAAGCACUAUUAUUCUACCAGGAUUAUAUAUUAAUAUAUAUAGCAAUACCCCACCUCUUACUAAUGUCCCAUUCUCAAUCAUAUCUUUCCUCUAGCACUAUACCUCAUUACUCCGUUCUAUCUCUUUCACUCUUAAAUUAAACACAUUGGAGAGGCAGAAAUUACACACAGAGGUCCAGAGAAGUAGUACUAUCUAUCUUAAUUAGCCAUUACUUCCUACAAAGGAGAAACAAAUAAUAUAUAUUGAAGAUCAAGAUAUAUAUAAAAAAAUAAUAAAUGGAUGAGAAAUGGAAGCCAUCUAAAAGAGAAGGGAGUUCUUCAAUUGGGUUUGGUAGAAGUAGCUCCACAAGAAGCACUUCUUCAAAGUCACCUCUUCUUCGAAGUUUUUCACAAAAGAGCUCACUUUCUCGAAGUUAUUCUCAGAAGCCAAACAGUAAUAAUAGUAGUAGUAGUAGCGGUAGUAGUUCUACCUCAUCAUCUUCAUCUUCAUCUUCAAUAGGGCGCAAGUGUAGUAGCCUUGCAAAGGAGCAAAAGGCCAGAUUUUACAUAAUGAGACGGUGUGUUGCUAUGCUCGUUUGCUGGCACAAACAUGGGAAUGAUUCUUGAUAUUAUAUAUAUCAUCUUAUCUUAGUCCUGGUGGGUUGAUCUCAUUUCGCUUUUUCUUUUCUUUUUUCUUUUUUUGGUGGUUUUAGUUUGUUUCUUUUUGUAUUUUUUUGAAUAUAUAUGAUCAGUAUCAUCAGAAAAUAUUAGUUAGUUGUAAUUUGUAAGUAGGAUUUUUCAAAUGAGAACGAGAGAGCUUUUUUUUCUAUAUUUAAACUUUGUUACACAAACUCCAUUAUAAGCGAAUUAUCUUCGUAUAUUAUUUUUUUUUACUUUUUUUUUUAAUUUA